GCCAGCCGAAGUUACUCCUAGCUACUCCUGGAAUCGAUACCCUUAGCCGACUUACGCCAGAAUCGUUACUCUUACCCGACUGAUGUCGCAAACUCAAGCACCUCGUGCCACCAUCCUGCUUCGACUUGCUCAGAUAUCUCGGUCUAAAUCAUGCAGCCAGGCCCAUUAUCUGAUAACCCUACAGCUCAAUCUACGGCUGGUGUAGCUGCAUCUGAUCAACCAACGGCUGAUAUGGCUGCAUCUGAUCAACCAACGGCUGAUGUUAGUAACAGCACCAACGUCGCACCUUCACGCGAAACAGUAGCAGCAGAAUCUGACAGAGCUAACCCUAUCCUAGACCCCCCUCCGCGGGCUAUAGGCAUUCCUAACAGCGAUGCGGACGUCGCGCCUUCGAGAGAAGCAGCAACAGUAGCAGCAGCAACAGCAGCAGCAACAGCAGCAGCAGCAGCAGCAUCAGCAGCAGCAGCAGCUCAAGGCGGAGCGAACCCUAGCUCGGACCUUCCUCCAACGAACUCCCCUCGCCGAUUUCGCCAGCCGUCGCCAUCUCCGCAAAGGACGCAAACCGAGGCGGAAGGCGGCGCCGCGUCAGGAGAAACGGCAGCAGGACAUGGCGGAGCUUAUAGCGGGGGAGCUUAUAACGGGGCGAAUGAUCCCGUCACGGAGCCCCCUUCGUCAUCGCCGCUCCGUGAAGCCAAUGAAAUCGCCCAGAUACAGGCACCCAUCAGCGACCAACAAAGCCCGGCUGAAGCCAAUGGAGCCUCCCAGCUGCAGGCACUAACGUAUUGGACGGACACGGAGGUCCGGCAGCUUCUAGAAGGUCAUGCUGAGCUGGAUGCUAAGUUCGCUGCCGUACGCGGUACAAGGGUGGCCAACUACCACCGAGAGCUGCGUCACUUGCUGGUGCUGCGGCACCCCGGCUUCCGCCACUCGCAGGGCGCGAUCAAAUGCAAGAUCCUACGGCUGAGAGGGAAUUACGAUAAGCUGCGGGAUCAGCUGGAGCGGACGGCCCGGAUGAAACGGUCAACGGUUCAGAUCUUAAUGUCGAGGAGUCGAACGGCUGAGAUCCCCCAGGAACUGCCCGAAUGGUUUGUGAAGAUGGAUGCUGUGGUGACACGGAGCGAAGGCCGUACCUCCGCUCUCUUGCUACAUGCUGCUGCCAGAGCAGGCACCCGUGCUUCAGCAGGAGAGAGAAUUCCCGCUACAGCAGGAGAGAAUACGGCAGCUCCCUAUUUUGCUCCACACUACAGGCGGCUUUCUCCCUACACUCGGAAUGACAGGCCUGGUGGGCCAGCGGGCAGGCUGAUGGCAGGGCCUGAUGGGCCUGAUGGGUCUCAUGGGUCUCAUGGGCGUCGUGAAUCGUAUGGGACUGGUGGGCUGGCUGAAAGGAGAAGGCAGUGGGGAUUCGUAUGGCGCGGGAGGGAGACGGAGUUACGGGGGGAGUAUGAGGGCGCACGCUCACCGGCAACGGCGGGGCCUGAUGGUGCGUCAGCAGGGGGAAGGCAGCGGGAAUCCCCAUGGCAAGAGAAGGAAAGGGUAUUAAGGGGAGAGCAUGGGCGUGCCCUUUCACCAGGGAGGGGGCCUGAUGGUGUGUCAGCUGGGGGAGGGCGGUUGGAAUCCCCAUGGCAAGAGAGGGGGCGGAUGUUAAGGGGAGAGCAUGGGCGUGCCCUUUCACCAGGGAGAGCAGACGAGGUUAUGAGGGGAGGUGAGGUUAUGAGGGGAGAUGAUGUUAUGAGGGGAGAUGAGGUUAUGAGGGGAGAUGAUGUUAUGAGGGGAGAUGAUGUUAUGAGGGCCGAUGAGCCGAGUGCAGGCAAUGCUAUGCGGGCUGACGAUGCAAUGAGGGCAGACGAGCUGAGUGCGGCAGUGUUGGAGGACGUGUGUGCUGACUUCGAGGAUGUCAUGCAGGACUGGGCUGAGAUUGUUUGCGCCGAGUUUGAGGAAUCUGUUGUCGAGUUUGCGGAGUCGGCUUGCUUCCGGUUCAAGAGGCUUACUCAGGAAUUCACAGAUGCAUGGGGGGCUGGAAGAGGUACCAAGCGGUACAGAGGUAGUGGGUGAGGAGAUGGGAAGGAACGCUGGUACUGUAGUGAUGAAGAUAAGAGUACUGUAGUGUAUUGGAGCAGCUUUCAGAGCGAUGCAGUGUGGUGGUGAAGGUUCAAGCAUGUCAGUCUCAAUUGCUGCUGCUGGUGGGAAUGGUGGCAGGUCUGUCCCAGGGUCACCUUUGCUGGUGUAAAUGGUGGUAGGUUGGGUUUCGAAGCCACCCCAGGAACGCCUUUGGCAUAGGAUGCUGCACUCCCCUUUUGGCAAAGGCCCCUUCUGGCAAAGGCCCCUUUGGCAAGAGUGACACCCAGCAACGACCUCUUUUGGGAACCGUUUUCGCCUAUCACCAGGACCAGUUUCACCUAGAAAGUGUUGCCAUCAUUUUAAAUUUACAUCCUGAAAGAAAAUACCUAACAUGGAACUUUUACCGGUAUGAUUACGCGAG